AUGGGUUGGGCUCUUGUGCCUACCUCAUGGUUCUCCACCAAGUACAAACGACAUCUCUCCGACCUGUCUACCUACAGACGUAUUGACAACUUUAACUGUAAACAAACCAUCACUAACUCCCACACACUACUUGGCCAACUCAAAAAACGAUUCUCAACUGUUAUCACAAACCAUGACAACUCGCGACUGUUGGACCCCACCCCAGAAGACAAACUACAACUACCCUACAUGAAGCUACUACCUAAAGUACAUAAACUCGACAAACCUGCAUCCUACGGCAACCUGAACAAACUAACUGGGAGACCUAUUAUCACUACGCACAGCUGGAUAACAUCCAACCCCUCACGUCUACUGGGAACUGAACUAGACAGUAUUAUUUUACAACUGAAAAACCUUUUUGAAGAACGAAACAUACCAUACCCUUUGAUUUACAACUCAUAUGACUUACUGCUUUUAUUAGACAAACUACGUAUUACCAACAUGUGCGACUUAUGUGUCACAACUUUUGACUUCACAUCACUUUACACAAAUAUUUGAUACCAUGACACCACUCAAGCCAUCAUUAAGAGCUGUAAACUGCUUAAUUUGCCUAAUUUUUAUAGGGAUUAUUUGCUUAACCUCAAUAAUUUUAUUAAUCAACGUAACUAUUUUAGGACUGGUAAUACCAUCUACCAGCAAAUUAAAGCGGUUGCUAUGGGCAGCUACCAUAGCCGCCAAAUUGCGGACCUCGUGCUCCUACUAAGCGAAUUUUCAUUUUUUAACAAUACUAACUGCCCUACUAAUAGCAUUUUUAUUUUCUGCCGUUAUAUAGAUGAUGGAUUUAUGCUAACCAGCAAAGCUAAAUUACCUAAUAUCAUCUCUAACCUCUGCAGCUCUUACCUGUCACAAAUACCUCUAACUUUCACAUCAAAUCACCAUACCACUCAUUACCUAGAUCUCACUUUGUCACUCAACCACUUCACCAUCAAGUCCCACAGGGUGCAUCAUCAGAUCUACCAGAAACCACACCAUAAAUACAUGUACCCUCAUUUUUCAUCUAACCAUUCCCAUCACAUUUUUGCUGGUAUCAUUAAAACUGAAACUAUACGAUACAGUAGACUUUCAGCCACAAUAGACGGCUACAACUUCAUUCACCACCUUUUCACACUUAGACUUACUGCGUUAGACUAUCCUUUACAACUGAUCACUGAACAUUCAUUUCCAUGGAUCACACGCACUGCUCACCAGCGACGCCUCAAAAACAAACAGACUAAUAACGUUACCAGACCCACUGUUUACUAC